AUGGCCCAAAUAUCUCUCCUUACCGAAGAUCGGGGUGGUCGUCACAUACCACUCGUUCCAAAUGUUUGGCUUAGGUUUUGUGACAGGACAACCAAUAUUGCCUGUGUCAUCAUUGGGUUUGAAGAUGAGAAGAUGGGUAUGCCAGGGAUCACUGUGAAUGCUCUGUUAGGGCUACAUUUGCCAUAUCCCUUUGAAGUAGGCCAAACAUUUGUACUGAGGGAAGGGGGAAAAGCAGGCAGAUUAGUUGGUGGUGGUUGUAUCCACUAUUUGCUGAGCACGGACCAAUUGGCAGCGAGUUUCCUCUCAGAGUUUGGGAUUUUAAGUGGAUGA